AUGCUUACGCUCGCACUAUCACGUUCAACAAAUAAGUUAAAGCUGAAAGGGCCGUCUCCACCACCUAACUCUCCGCUUUUUGCGAAUUCGGUUGACACAGAUAGUGAAGUAGACGACGACGGCGACAAUGAUAAAAUUGAUUUCAGCCGUUUGCGAGCUGAGCUGGAUCGUCUUUUGGAUGAAGGAUGUAAGCCAGAAGACGAAGCGUUUAAUGAAGUUCACGUCUACAAGGCUAUCGAUUUAUGCCACCCAGCCAAACAAAGUGGUAUGAGGAUUGAGAUCCAAAGUGCUGAGCGACUUAGUCGGUCGGUGUAA